GGCAAUUAUGGGUAUUUCUGAUAAUGAUGUUCAAAAACAAUUACGCCACAUGAUGGCAUUUAUUGAGCAAGAAGCUAAUGAAAAAGCUGAAGAAAUUGAUGCUAAAGCUGAAGAAGAAUUUAAUAUGGAAAAGGGUCGUUUAGUUCAACAGCAACGACAAAAAAUAAUGGAAUAUUAUGAAAAGAAGGAAAAACAAGUCGAACUUCAACGAAAAAUUCAGCGUUCUAAUAUGCAAAAUCAAGGCCGUCUUCAAUGUUUAAAAGCUCGGGAUGAACAUGUUAAGAGUGUUUUAAAUGAGGCCCGUUCUAAUCUUUCAAAGAUUUCUGCUGAUCGCAAUCGUUAUCCGCCUAUUUUGAAAGGAUUAAUUUUGCAGGGUCUUUUUCAAUUGUUGGAGAAACAAGUAGUAAUUCGUUGCCGUAAAAGUGAUGCUGAUUUGGUUGAGCAAUUGUUACCUGAAUGUAUCGAAGAAUUGCAAAAAGCUUGGGGUGAUACUUCACAGGUAGUUAUUGAUAAUGACCAAUAUUUGUCUCCAGAAAAUGCUGGGGGUGUUGAGUUAUUGGCAAGAAAUGGCAAGAUUCGUGUUUCUUCAACAUUAGAAUCUAGAUUGGAUUUAAUUGCUGAUCAAAUUGUUCCACAUAUUCGAACGGCUUUGUUUGGACCUAACCCGAAUAGAAAAUUUUUUGAUUAAAGAAAUUAUUAAAAUAAAUUUAAAUUACUUUUACUAUUAUUUUUUUAAA